AUGUCGGACGACGACGAGCUCUUCCGCGGCGACGACGACGACAGCAGCACUGUCAACGGCGGCACGGCCGAGCCCGAGGAGCGCGACAGCAAGGGCGGCCUCCUGCGCAGCCGUGCGCUCAAGAAGCCGCGCUCGACCAACUACUCGGCGCGCCAGCUGUUCGAGAUGCUCGAGAUUGGCAGCAUCGACCUCGACCCCGUCUGGCAGCGCGGCGUCGUGUGGCCCGAGAAGAAGCAGAGCGCCAUCAUCGACUCGAUCAUCAACCACUACUACGUGCCGCCCGUGCUCUUCUCGAUGCGCACCAACGAGGACGGCGACACGUGCUCCGUGUGCAUCGACGGCAAGCAGCGCCUCUCGUCGAUCUUCAACUUCAUGAGCAACGUCAUCCCGCUGCGCCCGGCGGGCACCAAGCAGAAGAUCUGGUUCCACGAGAACAGGGAGGAGAAGCAGUAUCCGGCGCUGAGCACCAAGAUGCGCCGCGCCUUUGAGAUGGAGCAGAUCGCCGUCAUCGAGUACGAGGACCUGCUGGACAGCCAGGAGCGCGAGAUGUUCUCGCGCGUGCAGAUGGGCGUGCCCCUCUCGCCGGCCGAGAAGCUGGGCGCCGUGAAGGGUCCGUGGGGCGAUUACUUCCGUGAGCUCGUCAAACGUUUCUUCGACGAGAAGGACGCGAACCUUCAGCACAUCGCCAAGCUCGACCGUGGCAAGGACUUCCAGCUCAUGGCGCAGAUCUGCCUCUACGUGAUCCAUUACGCGCAGGACCGCUACACUCCGCUAUCCGGGAUCAUUGCGACCUUUCUAAAGGAUUUGGGCAACACUCUGCCGGAGCAGUCGUUCCGCGAAACGAUCCGCAAGACGAUGAGCAAGUUCGUCCUCCUCGCCAACGACGAGGAGUACAACGCGUGCGUGCUGCCGAAGGGCAAGCUCAAGAAGUACCUCGCGCCCAUCGAGUUUUGCUACGUGGCGCUGGCCAUCUGGCGCUUUCCCGGCGCGACGCACGCGCAGCUCAGCGAGCUCAUCAACAACAUGACGACAUUCAUCCGCGGCAGCGUCAAGGACGUCAUGUUCAACAACAACGUCAACGCGCUGCUGCGCGACUGGCUCAACGCGCAGACGAUCCCGGGCUGCCGCAUCCAGGGGCCGUCAUCGACGCGCAAGCGCGCCGUGCCCAUGGACGACGACGACGACGACUACCGUCCCAGCCCGGCGCGCCAGGCGCCGCGCCGCGCCAUCGCCGCUCCCGCUCCUGCUCCCGCUGCCGCUCCGGCGCCGGAGCCCGCGAUGCAGCACGCGGUGCAGCAGAUGAUGUCGCUGCAGGCCCCGGCGGCCAACUACGGCCUGCCGAUGCAGAACUACGGCUUCGCGUACCAGCAGUAG